AUGGAGAAUAUGAGAGAGGAAGAGGAACCCAACUCAGAAGUAGCAUUCUAUUACCCCAAAAGUAUUCUGAAAAUGACGCCAUCUUCUUCUUUCAAAUUGAAAUCUCGCCGGCAUGCUCGUUCCAUCAGCUUCCCAUCCAGACCGCAACCAGUCUUUCAUCACUUGGAAGAACAACUGAACAGACUCAGUGACAGUGAGACAUACUCUACCUCAUUGUCUUUCCUUGGGGAUAGGCUAAGUUUCCUGCAAGAUCUGUACGUGUCUGUUGAUGACUUGAUCCAGAUGCCCCACAUUCAACAAUCAUUAACAUCGGUCCAAGCAUCCAAAGGGACACUAACCGAUGAUUCAUAUAUCAAGAUCUUGGAUGCUUGCACAGUCACCAAAGACAUCUUCUCACAGGCAAAGCAUGAUGUGCAAGAGCUUCUUUCAUCUCUCCGAAGAAAGAAAGAUGCAACUGAUGCAUCUGGGACGUUUUUGGCUUCCAGAAAGAAGGCCAAAAAGACAAUCCAAAAGGCUUUAAAGGAUAUCAAGAAUAUCAAGAUCUCUGAAAGAGCGGACCAAUUAGAAGCUAUUUGUUUAUUGAAUAAUGUUCAAUCUGUCACAGUUUGUGUGCUUGAAUCAUCCUUGUCUUAUGUUAUGGGGACAAAGGCGCAUUCAAGCUUCGUCUCUAAGCUUAUCCAUAACAAAUGCAAGGAAGCAAGCCAAAAUGAAUUCGAUCAGAUGAAUGAAGCUUUGAUUGUGCCAGACAUUGAGAUCAUCCAGAGACAGUUGGAAAAGAUGCAAUUGAAAAUUCAAGAUAUUGAAGAAGGCUUAAACUGCUUGUUCAAACAUUUGAUCAAGACAAGAGUUUCUCUCCUCAACAUGCUUAGUUACUAA